AUGGGAUCCAACGUGGAGCUGGUAUGGCCAGAGUCAGAGGCAUAUUCCUCACGGGUGAACAACUGCUCACAUGCAAAUUCAUCCCUAGCUGUAAUUCGAGCGAAGUUGAGUGCCGAACAAUUAGAACAAUUCAAGACAUCAUGCUUUGGCCAUCUUCUGAAUAUAGAUAAGAUUCAGUUUAGCGGGCAGAUUGUGCAUGGGGUUGUGUUGCGUAGAGUAGCGGGGCAGGGUGUGAAAGACUUGGAUGGACUGAGUUUCUUAAUAGGGUGCGACGUUGCUCAGUUCACUCGUCAGGAUUUCUGUUUGAUCUCAGGGCUUCGUUUUGGGGAAGUGCCUGAAGUUUCCAGUGGAGAAAGUGAUGAAAUUAGACUUCAGAAAAAAUAUUUUAUAGACGAAGGAAUUACAUGUAAUGCUUUAGAAGAAGCAUUUGUGAGGUGCACAGAGGAAGAUGACGUCUACAAGCUAGCUCUUGUUUACUUUGCUGAGUUAGUGGUUUUGGGAAGGGACAAACAUUUGAACAUCAAUCUAAAUUACCUGACCCUUGUAGAGGACUUGGAUGCGUUCAACAGGUUUCCAUGGGGUUCGGUGUCGUUUGACAAAACCCAAGACAGUCUGUUUUCUGCACCAACAAAGUAUGUGAAAAGCUUUGAAAAUGAAGAGGGAAGAGGGAAGGGGAAAAGUAAGGUAACCAGAACAAGCCGGAGAAAUGAGAAGGGCAAGAAGGAUAACCAUGGUGAAGUUCAAAGGGGUGGCUGGAGUUUUAAAGGUUUCACGUAUGCUUUCCAGAUUUGGGUAUAUGAAUUAAUUCCUAGAAUGGCGGACCUGAAUUACUGCAAGGUUGUUGAUCCGACAGCUCUCCCGCGGAUUUUGCAAUGGAGAACUACUACGUCUGUUCCCGAGAUGAGAAAGUUGAACAAUUAUUUUUUCCAGAGCAAAGAGUCAGUUCAGUUGCGGGCGCUAUGUCCAAGUGAAGAGGAAAUGAGACAACCAUAUUGGAGUUGGCCACAGGGUCGCCCUGCUGUUGUCUCGGCAGAGUCAAUUCCUUCUUCAUGUGCUGACCCUGAUGAGUUGAACAAGGCGGUAAGUUUGUUGAGGUCCGAGUUGUUUCAAGUAAAGCGGGAAAAGGACGUCCUUGAGUUAAAGGUCAUACGGAUGGAAAAAAUUUUGGACCACUGUUUAGGUCCUCAUUUUGAGCAGGAAGUGAGAAGGGACAUAGCUUUACUGAAAGAGAGGACGAAUCGUUGUGUCGUGUCACAUCUAUUUAAGGGAUAUGAGGAAGUGGAUGGCAUGCAAUGGGAUGAAGGGCCAAGUAAUAGAAAUGAAGGAGAGGAAAAUGAAGAGGAGGACAUUGAAGGGGGUGAAGGGCCAAAUAACAGAAAUGAGGGAGAGGACAAGGAAGAGGAGGGGAUUGAAAGGGGUGAAGGGGCAAGUAAGACAAAUGAGGGAGAGGAAAAGGAAGAGGAGGGGAUUGAAGGGGGUGAAGUGCCAAGUAAGAGAAAUGAGGGAGAGGAAAAGGAAGAGGAGGGGAUUGAAGGAGGUGAAGUGCAAAGAAAACCAAGGGAGGUAGAGGAAGCUCAAAGGAAAAGAAGUGAGGGAGAGCAAGUGAAAAUAAAAAGCAGCAAAGGAGAGGAAGCGCAAAGAAAGAGCAUUGAGGGAGAGGAAGAACUGCAAAGAAAAAGGAGGAAAGGAAGUGAAAAGACAGAGAAGUGA